CAUAUUUACGUGAAAGCGAAAUAGCGGUCGCGGUCACUAUUUUCCCGUUGUUUCUAGGAAUUAAACUAAUUCCCAUAAACUUAAUUUUUUGCCCUUAAUUAACAGUUAGUUAAUACUUUCAUGGAAAUGUGAUAAAUUGUCCUGAGAUCAAAAUUACUGCAGAAUAUCAACGAAAUUAUUCCAGCAAUGACAACGGUAAGAAUUCACGGUGGAAUCGACAUUUUACGAUUGCCGGUUAGCGAGGAAGAACACAUUUUCCCUCCUUGGUACAUAAAAUACACCCAGUCUCAUAUUCUUCACUCAAAAUGUUCAAAAACGGAAGAAGGAUGUGCGAUUGAUGAUCCAGGUUCAUGUCAAUUUUGCAUAUACAACCGAGCCCUCGAAAUGCCCCACAUGCCGGACAUGGUGUUUCCAAAUAAUAUUUUACUUUUAAAACACAAAGAUGGAGCAGCUUUGCAAUUUAAUGCCCUGGAUGCAUUAAAGACUGUUUCAAAUGGUAGAAUUAAUUUGCAAUUAGCAUGUGCGGAAGCCUGGAAGGAAUCUAGAUCAGAGAGUAAAGAAUACCUCGAAGAAAAAAUUAAGCCCUUUGACUGGACUUUUACGACAAAUUAUAUGGGAACAAUGUCGGGUUUUGAAGUCGAGGAAACCGAUGAGCGAAUAAAUGUCGAGAAUCUGAAAAGAAAGGACAAAAUUAUGUUCUAUACUGACCUGACGCUGUUUGAAGACGAACUUCAUGAUCAUGGAAUUGCUACUUUGUCUAUCAAAAUGAGAGUGAUGCCUACAAGUUUCUUCAUAUUACUUCGCUAUUUUCUACGAAUCGAUAAUGUCAUGUUACGAGUGAACGACACUCGCAUUUAUCACGAAUUUGGACAGAGAUAUCUUCUUCGAGAAUUCACGUCCAGAGAAGCAAAAGUUCAAGACAUUCGGGUUCCUUCCUCACUUUUUACCGAACCUAGUGAAAUUGCGCCGCAUCUGCCACAGACGCAAAGUUCCUAUCACAAGCUGAUAAUUGCCAUGAAAUCUGCUGUUGGGGAGUCUGCAAGUUCAAAAAAGGAAGUACCAAAAAAUCAGUGCGAUUCGGAAUCAGAAUCGAGUGCUGAGAGCAGUGCAGAAAAAACUCAAGACGCUCAAAGCAAUUCCGUAACUUAAAUUUCAAAUCGGUAUUAUUUUGGUGUUUUCAAUUGAACGACAGUCAUAUUUUUCGGCUAAAGUUCAGUCAUGUGGAAAAAAAAGAUUAUCAUGAGAGUGACCAAUCGUGAUAAGAAAACAAUUAAUUUCCAUUCGGUUGUUUACAAAUCUAUGAGUGUAACAAAUAAAUGAUUUUCAAUACAAAGACAAUAUUUGAAGC